AUACAAAUAGCGGUACACCCUUCACCGAACAUCCAGCAGAUGGCAGUGUUGUGCAGACACAGCCAUGUGGACAGAGAUAAAGGGCGUUUGCCACGGUCACUAGGAUUGUUCUAUCUGGAGUGAUUCAUGAAUAUGGAUAGAGCCGGUGAUCAAGCGGCAUCUACUAGAAUGCUGGAGACGAUGGCCCACAACCUCCUUAGCGCGUUGGCCAGGGCAGGCGUACCCGCUUCCACCUCGACCAACCCAGCACCCACUCCCAUCUUGACCACUACCCCGAAACCUACCCCUGCCCCUGCUCCUUCCUCCACUGCUAGCCCUGCAAGCAGGAUAAAUAACGCAUUGAAACGACAGUUUCCUGGUAUGUACUCUGGGGGGACUGCAAUUAGAGGAAAGGCUAGGUUUAAAACCCCUGACAGAUCCCCCCGAGUCACACAUCUGCCAGUUUUUGUUCUGCCUGGGCCAACAUCAGUGACCCCAAAGGGCUCCAUGGAGCUGGAGCUUGCCCAUGCAGGCCUGGGGAAGAAGGUGGUCCUGGUGCCAGAAUGCGCCAACCAUUCUGAGAUUGUCUCACUGAUGGAGGGGGAGUAUAUGAAGCUGAAGCCGUUAAUGGGGAGGUGGAUGUUUUUUAAAGCUACAGGUGGCAGUGGCCAGAGAAAAUUGAGCAUCAUUCCAAUAGAUUCAGAGGGCUAUUCGGGCCGACAGCUCCGCAUGGCAUCGAACAACGGGAAGAAUGUGCUGUUUUUGGUUCCUCUCCAGGAAGAACUGGAGACUGCACCCCUGCCUUUUAGUUCCCCUGAAUUUUCAAAAAUGCCGAAGGUGGCCUGCAAUAAUUGUUUGGAAAUCAUCCCUUUGCAGAUGUUGGCACUACACUCAGAGAGCUGCCAGACAGCUAAGGAGCAAACAGACAAGAUCAUAGAUGUCAAUGAUGAUGAGGAUGAUGAGGGUGAUGAUGAUGCAGAUGUGGACUGUACAGUGGGAAAAGGGGUUUGCCCUAUAUGCCAGCUAGAAUUUCCUGCCACAGAGCUCCCACAUCAUGCCAACAUUUGUGCAGAAAGGUCCUUCAAUAUCGAGGAAGACAUGGAUCCAAACCUUCCAGGAUCAUCAUCUUCAAAUUCAACACUACCCCUUCCCGGACCAUCAACACAAACAACAGAGGUGUGGAAAACUGCAGCCCCGUCUGAAGCUGUGCGCCUCUUCAUGGAGGACCUAAGGAGAGGAGGAGACCACCAGCCACCUCUACGGCUGACUCUAAAUGCGGGUGACACUGAUGAGGAGCGGGAUGGCACCCUAAUUUCCUUUUACAAGCAACGCCGUGAGACGUGCCAGUGGGCUGCUGAUUUCAGAUGCUCCAUAUUAGGGGAUGCUGCAGUUGGUGUUGGGGUGAUGAGAAACACACUAUCAACAGCCAUCUCGAAAUUGACAAGUGGCUUUAAGAAGAACAUGGGAAAUGCAGGAGUGACUGCCAUCUUCGAAGGACAGAGAGAACAUCUGGUCCCGAACCUGUGUACAGCCAUCUUGGAGUCCGAUUUAUUUGCUAUGGCUGGAAGGAUGGUUGGCCACUCUUCCAUCCAUGGAGGUCCGUCCCUGUCAGGAUUAAGUCCAGCAGUUUUAGAUGCGCUUACACGUGGGACUAAGGACAUUGUAACAUCAAAACUCUGUCUGGAAGAUUGCCCAGAGAUUGAAGUGAGGGACACCAUCAGUCUACUGCUGAAGGAGGAAUGGACUGAAGCAGAGUCUGUUAGAGUGGCGGACCUAUGCACUGAAUGGUAUUUCCCAGUGCCAACUAAGGAGACCAACAGGCUUCUCCUUUUCCAACAGCUGCUAUCUCAUGCUGUACUGGGAAGAGCAAAUGCUCAAAUUAAACAGUUCCGGAAAGGGAUAAAAGAGACUGGAAUAUGGCCCCUGUUAACAGCCAGACCUGAUGUCUUGCCCCUAUUGUUCCCUCGUGAAACAGACGUUGAACUAACCCCCCAGAUGGUCCUUAAAUGCAUAAUUUGGCCAGAGGCAAGCAUUGACAGUGAUGACAGUGAGGACGAGAUGUCAACAACGAACAUCAACCUCAUCUCAGGGUUCUUUCGAGCCUUUGUGAAGGAAGCUUCUUCAGACGUCCUGAAAGGGCUCAUGAAGUUUUGGACCGGCUGGGAAUUGCCAUCUCCACGCUUAACAUUUAAAGUUGUGAGAUCCCGUGGACAUCAUCAUCUGCCAACCGCAAGUACUUGCUAUGAGCGGCUGAGGAUCCCAGACCACUAUAAGAGUGGCUCUGCAUUGAAAUUAGACCUCCAUGCUUGCAUAGAGUCAGUUCAGUCAGGUUUUGGCCUGAUUUAAAAUUUAUUUUUGUUGUUGUUGUUAUUAAAAGUGUUAAAAGAAAUGUUAUAUUUAACCAGUUAUUAUUUUCAUUAUAACUCUAUUUUUUGUUUGUAUUUACUGAGUGGCACAUAACUGAGAAGCACAACUGAAAAUGUUUUGUUUGUUGACUGUUUCUAAAUAAAAACGUGAAAGUCACAAUCACAGUCGGGUUUUAGUAUUUUACAUUUACCACUGUAUCAUUUUUUUUAUUUGAUGCAUCUGAAAUAACUGAUUGAAUGAGUAGAGGAAGGCGUGGCAGGCAAUUAGG